AUGGAGGACGACGGAGAUUGGACGGUCGAGGAAAACACGGCAGUCGAGCCGCCAGUGGCAGAAAACGACGAGCUUUUCCGCGAGGCGUGCGCUUUCGAAGGCGCCGCGGUCGUCGCGCUAGUGGAAAACACAUUCAACGGCGCGGAUGACGGCGCGGAUGGCGGAGGGGGGCAGGUCGGCGCAAAGACGAUGGAGAUUAUGCUUGACGACGGUGUGCUACUAACGGUGGAGCUGGAUUCCGGGGAGAAGCGUCUUAACGAGCUAGGGUACAAACAAGACCUUCAGCGCGAUCUGAACGCCUUCGAGCUGUUCGCCGUGUCGCUAACAGGGGUGGGGGUCUUCCUCGGAGUUAUCCCGUACUACGAUUACGCCUUUGCGAGUGGAGGCCCGGUGAUGGUCGUGUGGUUCUGGUGGAUUACUGCUUUCUUCGCUCACUGCAUCGCCCUCUCACUCGCUGAAAUCGCCUCUUCCUUUCCCACUGCUGGUUCACUUUAUUUCUGGGCAGCAGCACUGGCCAAGCCUAAAUAUCGCCCGCUCGCUGCCUGGAUCACAGGCUGGUUGGAGUUUCUCGGAGCGUCCAUCGGCUCAGGGGGGGUGGCUCUGGGAGGGGUGCUGCUCCUGAGCGACCUCGUUCUUCUCGCCACAGGUGGCGCCAACGGUGGCGGGUACACGAUGCCAGAGCCGGUGCAGUUCGCCUGCUGUGUGUUCAUUGUGCUAGUCUGUGCUCUCAUCAACCUGCUUCCCAUCAAGAUGGUUGGCAGAGUGCUGCUGGUCGGCAUGAUCAUCCAGGUGCUAGCGGGUGUGAUAACCAUAAUCACACUUCCUCUCGUUGCGCCCACGCUGCAACCAGCCUGGUGGGUCUUCGGCCAUUUGGAUUUCGACACAGCCAGCACCAACCUGCCCAGCAACGGCUAUGCGGUGCUAGUGGGACUCCUCAUGUCCCAGUACGCGCUCUACUCAUUCGACACCGGAGCACACGCAUCAGAGGAGGCCAAGCGGUCAGACGUGACAACCCCCAUCGCCAUGGUGGGAGCGCUGACACUCGUGUCAUUCCUCGAGUGGGCCGUGGUGGUGGUGCUCACCUUCUGCAUUCAGGACGAAGCUAGUCUGCUGGAUGACAAGAACGCUGCGGGAGGGAAGCCGGUGAUUCAGAUCCUCUGGACCAUCUUCACCGGGAGAUAUGGCAGCACGGCAGGGGUGUAUGUCUUCAUCUGCCUCUUCUUCUCCUCUUUCUUCUUCUGCACCAUCACUCUCGUCUUCGCGGCCUGCCGUGUGGGCUAUGCGCUAGCGCGCGACAAAGGUCUACCUUUCUCCUUCCUGUGGCGGCGCAUCAACAAGCGCAAGGUGCCUGUGAACGCGCUCAUGUGCACCGUCGGCAUCGCCAUCGUGGCGCUGCUGCCGCUGCUGGGCGGCAGCACUGCAUACUUUGCCGUCACCGGCAUGGCCACGGUGGGGUGGUUCGGCGCAUACGGCGUGCCGAUCCUCUUCCGGAUCCUUCAGGACGACGGGGACUUUGUUCCUGGGCCGUUUUACCUGAGGAACUACUUUGGCAAGAUCGGAAGUAAGUGCAUACACAUCCUGGCGCUGCUCUAUGUGGUCUACACCAUGUGUGUUGGUGGUGGUGCUGCUGCUCGGCUAUCCUGCAGUCUGCCUAGGAGACUCGAUUCUCUUCUAGGAUCACGCGCGACGCAUCCUGGUUCGCAGGCAGCGAUCAUGGCGUCGCUGACAGCUGGGUUGCUGCGGCUCGUGCCGGUGGUGGGACCGCCAGCGGCCGCGUUGCUCAUUGUUCUGGUAGACAACGCCGGUGCCGUAUGCCUCGCGCUGCUCGCGAUCUUCGUGUAUCAAUACAUCAACGCGAGCUUUUUCGACCCCGAGGAUCGAAUCUACGGGGUGCGUGCUGACGUGGACGGCCCAGGAAUCACGUACCGCCACAGCCGCUUCCAGGGCCUCCUCGAGACGCCUUUCGCGGGCGCGAACACCAUCCCGGGCCUCUUCAACAUGUCCGUUAAGAAAUUCCGCAACCGCCGUCUGCUCGGCACGCGGAGAUUAAUCUCCCGCGAGUUCGAAUUAGACGCGAAGUUAGACAAGCAGGUGGAAAGAGUAACUCUCGGGGAGUACGAGUGGGAGACGUACGAGCGCGUGCAUGAGCGCGUAGUGGCGUUCGGCGCGGGGCUGAUGGGGAGCGGGCAUGGGCGCGGGGAGAAGCUGGCCAUGUUCGCGGAGACGCGCGCGGACUGGUUUAUCGCGAUGCAGGGCGCGUUUCAGCACGGGCUUGUCGUGGUGACGGUGUACGCGUCUCUAGGGACGGACGCGCUGGUUCAUUCGCUUAACGAGACCGAAGUGGCAACAGUGGUGUGUGAUAGGAAGCAGUUUGACAAGCUCGCAGAGGUACACUCCCGCCUCGCUACAGUGAAGCGCGUUAUAGUCAUGGCGGAGCAGAAGGCUGAUAACGAGACUGUCAGUAACGAGGAUCCGUUUCCCAGCACCAUAGGGAGUAUCACAGUGAUUCCCUAUGCUGACGUGGAGGCUAAAGGGGUGGAGAGUCCAGUGGAGCCGAAUCUGCCGCAGUCGUCUGACCUGGCAUUCAUCAUGUACACGUCAGGAUCCACUGGAGUUCCCAAGGGUGUGAUGAUGACACAUGGCAACCUGGUGGCAGUCUUUGCAGCAGUCAUGGCGCUCGUGCCCGAUGCAGAUGAGAACGAUGUGUACAUCGCCUACCUGCCGCUCGCCCACUCCUUGGAGCUCACUGCCGAGACUGGCAUGGUAUCCAUAGGAGCAACCAUCGGGUAUGGCUCGCCUCUCACGGUCAUCGAUGGGGCAGGCAAGCUCAAACCCGGGGGACAGGGCGAUCUGUCUGCUCUACGCCCCACCCUCAUGGCUGCCGUGCCCGCCAUUCUGGAUAAGAUCCGCGACGGGGUCAGGAGGAAGAUGGCAACGCAGUCCCCCACGGUGCAGCAGCUGUUCGACCUCGCUUACAGCCGACGAUUGGCGGCGAUCAACGGCAGCUGGGCGGGCGCGUGGGGGCUGGAGAAGCAGCUGUGGGACGCGCUUGUCUUCAAGCGCAUCCGGGCAGCGGUGGGCGGCAGGCUGCGGUACAUGCUGUCGGGGGGAGCGCCCCUGUCGCCUGACACUCAGCGGUUCAUCAACGUGUGCUUUAACGUUCCCAUUGGCCAGGGCUAUGGCCUCACAGAAACAUGCUCUGGAGGAACCUUUGCAGAGUUUUCUGACACCUCUGUGGGGAGAGUUGGCCCUCCUAUCCCCUGCUGCUACAUCCGGCUGGUGGACUGGCAUGAGGGCAACUACCGUGUGACAGACCAGCCAUUGCCGCGGGGGGAGAUCAUGAUCGGAGGGCCGUGCGUCACCCCCGGGUACUGGAAGAACCAGGAGGCCACAGAUGCCGUGUACUCAGUGGACAGCAAGGGCAUACGGUGGUUUGCAACGGGCGACAUAGGGGAGGUGCACCCGGACGGGGUGUUUCAGAUCAUCGACAGGAAGAAGGACAUUGUUAAGCUGCAGGCAGGGGAAUACGUGUCGCUGGGGAAGGUGGAGGCAGUGCUGCAAGUGAGCUCCUUUGUCGAGAACGUGAUGCUCUACGCCGACCCGUUCAAGACCUUCACCAUAGCGCUCGUGGUGCCGUCCAAGCCGGCCCUGGUUGCCUGGGCCAAGGCACAGGGUGUGGAUAGCUCUGACUAUGCUGCACUGUGUGCGAAUCCCGAUGCGGUCUCUCAAGUGCUCGAGUCUCUUGCUGAGGUGAGCAAAGAAGGCAAACUCCAAAAGUUUGAAGUGCCUGCUAGGAUCAAGCUGCUCCAGGAGCCAUGGACCCCUGACAGCGGCCUGUUGACAGCAGCUUUGAAGCUAAAGCGGGAUGUUGUUCGCCGAAAGUUUCAGCAGGACCUUGAUGCUCUCCGACCUUUUACAUUUUCAAUCACCAAUCUGCCUCAAAUUAACGAGUUUCCUGACGAAGUUCGUUCUCUCCUCGUCUCCCUCCCCGCAGAGGCCGUGCGGCGCUCCGGCCUGGAGCCUGCUGACGUGGAGGAGGUGAUCAUGGGCAACGUGCUCAGCGCCAAUCUCGGUCAGGCACCCGCGCGCCAGGCGUCCAUGGGCGCGGGCCUCCCCGAGAGCGUCGUCGCCACCACCGUCAACAAAGUCUGCGCGUCGGGAAUGAAAGCCAUCGCACUGGCGGCGCAGUCAAUCAUGCUGGGAAUCAACGAGGUCGUGGUGGCGGGCGGCAUGGAGAGCAUGAGCAACGCGCCGUAUUACCUCUCCAAGGCGCGCGGCGGCUACCGCUUCGGCAACGCGGAGAUCAUGGACGGCAUGCAGCGGGACGGGCUGUGCGACGCGUACGCGGACGACCCCAUGGGAUGCUUCGCGGAAACCUGCGCGGAGGAGUAUAACAUCUCGCGCGCGGAUCAGGACGACCACGCUGUGCUGACACAUCAGCGCGCCGCAGCGGCGAAUGCGGAGGGGGCGUUUGAGUGGGAGAUCGUACCGGUGGAGGUGAAGGUGGGGAAGGGCAAGCCGGCUUUAAUCGUCGAUCGCGACGAGGCGUGCGCCAAGUUCGACGAGAAGAAGCUGCGGAAUUUACGGCCGUGUUUUAAGGAGCACGGGACGGUCACGGCGGGGAACGCGUCGGCGAUUAGCGACGGCGCCGCGGCCGUGGUGCUGACGAGCCGCGGCAAGGCGGACAGCCUGGGGCUCAAAGUGCUCGCCGUGAUUCGCGGCUUCGCUGACGCAGAGCAGGCCCCUGAGCGCUUCACCACGGCCCCCGCGCUCGCCAUUCCGCGCGCCCUGAAGCAUGCGCGCAUCGACCCCGCCGAGGUCGACUGCUGGGAGAUCAAUGAAGCCUUCUCCGUGGUGGCACUGGCCAAUCAGAAGCUGCUGAACGUGCCGGCAGAUAGACUCAACAUGCAUGGAGGCGCCGUGGCGCUCGGGCACCCGCUGGGGUGCAGCGGGGCGCGCAUCAUCGUCUCGCUGCUGGGGGUGCUGCGGCGGAAGGGUGGCCAGAUUGGUGUUGCUGGUGUGUGCAACGGGGGAGGUGGAGCCUCGGCCAUGGUCAUCGAGGCCGAAUCCUUGGAUCACUCCACUGCCCAUGCGCACCUGUGA